UACAGCGACACACGCACUGCAGGAGUGGGGCUUCCCGCACUGAUCUGACUUUCCGAAGAGGCUCUCCAGCGCCGCGGACAGUCCGCGCGUGAAUAGGGCUGUCCACGCAUCGUCCCGCACAGCCCAUCUGUGGCAGAGAAGGAGUGCGUGCGUGCGUGUGUCAGCGUGUGGGUGUGUGUGUUUUGUUUGGAAGUGUACUUCAAGUGCUCCUGCCCGCGUCUCACAUUACAACGAGUGCGAGAGUGAAUGGAGGAGAGUCGGGGCGCAGCGUAGCGUAGCGGCUCCGUAAUUUCCCGCACGACGAGAGAGACGAGCGAGAGGCUGCAGACGGGAGAGCUGCGAGUUUCGGGGCCGUGAAGUCGCGCGCGGGGCUCCGCGCAGGGUCUCGCGCUCGCAACCGUCGCGUUCGCGGAGGAUCCCGGUUGUCGAGGGGCCGUAACGAGUGAACUGCGGAGGAAGAUUGCCAGUGAACCCGGGUCCCAGGGGUGGACCCAGCAUCUGUCUCGCCUGCAUCUUCUUCUGUAAUCAUCUGAAGUCUUACUGGGUAGAGUUUGGACCAAUGGCAGACACCAGGGUCUUGCUGCUGCUGCUCCUGAUUGGCUGGGAGAAGGUCAUGUGUUUGAACUGGAACCCAAUCCCACGCAAGACUGUCCUCCAUAGUGAAAUGUAUGACAGCGUGGCCAGGUUCCGGGCCGUGGGGGUGUGGAACUACACCAUGCUGACCCUGGCUGAGCACGAGAGGGUUCUGUACGUGGGAGCCAGAGAAGCACUCUUCGCCCUGGACCCGAGCAACAUCAGCAAGCAGCUCAAACCACAGAUUGAGUGGCAAGCUCCCUCAGAAAAGAAGAAGGAAUGUGUUUCAAAGGGCAAGAACAACCAGACCGAGUGCUUCAACUACAUCCGCUUCCUGCAGAGCUACAACCACACGCACCUGUACACCUGCGGCACCUACGCUUUCCAGCCCAAGUGUACCUAUAUAAAUGCAGAGCUCUUCACUCUGAACAGCGCAGCCCUGGAAGAUGGAAAGGGGAAGUGCCCCUACGACCCGGCCAAGGGCCACACAGGGUUGAUUGUUGACAAGGAGCUGUACUCGGCUACGCUCAAUAACUUUCUGGGUACGGAGCCGGUGAUCCUGCGCAACCUGGGACAGCAGCACUACAGCAUGAAGAGCGAGUACCUGACUGCUUGGCUCAAUGAGCCUGACUUUGUGGGCUCAGCCCUUGUGAGGGAGAGCAGCGGGAGUCCAGAAGGGGAUGAUGACAAGAUCUACUUCUUCUUCAGCGAGCGGGCGCUGGAACUGGAUUGUGACAGCGAGCUCAUUGUGGCCCGAGUGGCACGUGUUUGCAAGGGGGAUCUCGGUGGAACAAGGACCCUCCAGAAGAAAUGGACCACGUUCCAGAAGGCCCGGCUCGUCUGCUCCCUCCCAGAGCGCCAUGUGAGCUUCAACAACCUGCGGGCCGUCUUCACGCUGCCCGAAGCUGAUUGGAGGACCACUGCUUUCUACGGCAUCUUCCACGCCCAGUGGGGAGACGUGGACGUGUCAGCGGUGUGCCGGUACCAGAUUGACGAGGUGAAGAACGUGUUUGACGGGCCUUAUAAAGAGUACAGGGACCCCUCCCAGCGGUGGGGACGCUAUGUGGGCACUGUGCCAAGUCCCCGCCCAGGAGCGUGUAUCACCCGCUGGCACAAGGAGAAUGGUUAUAACAGUUCACUGCAGCUGCCCGAUGCCACGUUGAACUUCGCAAAGAAGCACCCGCUGAUGGACGAGCAGGCACAAGCUCGCCCUCUGCUGCUCAAAAAAGGUGUCAACUUCACCCAACUGGCGGUUGACCGUGUCAGCGCACUCGACCAGAGGGCCUACAGUGUGCUCUUCAUUGGCACAGCGAACGGAUGGCUGCAGAGAGUGGUCAUCCUGGGCUCGGAGGCCCAUGUAAUCGAGGAGCUCCAGCUUUUUGACACGCAGCAGCCUGUGGACAGCCUCACUAUAUCCCACUCCAAGAAGUUCCUGUACGCUGGCUCUCGCACCGAGGUUCUCCAGCUACCACUGGCCAACUGCAGCCGCUAUCAGUCCAACCCAGACUGCCUUCUGUCCCGCGACCCCUACUGCGCGUGGGACAGCGAAGGCCGGGCCUGUGUCCGCGUCGACCUACACCGCGGGUCCACUUCUACACUCACUCAAGACCUCAUGCUGGACAGGUUCAACUGGGGCAAGUUUCCUGUGCCCAUCCCAAGCCCUGAACACUCCCCACUGCGGAACAUGACAGUGGUGGUGGGAUCCGACUUGGUUUUGCCUUGCCAACUGGUGUCCAACCUGGCUCAACCAUCAUGGCUUCUAAAUGACCGAGAGCUGGUCCUGGGUCCAGAGGGGAGUACAGGGGCCCGUUUCGACAGAGCUCUGCGCGCUCUAGUUAUCCCAGGAGCUGGCGCUGCGCAGGCCGGUCGCUACACAUGUUACUCGGAGGAGCAGGGUGUCCGCUUCCAGACAGAGCGCUACCAAGUGAUGGUGGUGGCCAGCGCCCCCGUGUUGAUGAAGACUCAUGCCCCUGAUGGGAACAUGGGCCUCUUCUGGGUCCUGGUGAUCACCCUGGGGGCUGCUUGCCUCCUGCUGAUGGGUGUCUCUCUAUACCUGCGCCGCCGCCUAAAGCUGGCAUUGGGCAAGGGGGCAGAAAUGAAGCCCUUGGAGAGCACCUUGGUGUACCCCAUCACCUUGCCAAAGGAGCCUCCCACCUUUGUACCCAGUAAGAUGUCCAGCGAUGAGGACCGAUUCUGGGAAACAGGAGCCAAUUACUACUAUUCUGAUGGCUCCCUGAAGAUUGUUCCAGGCCACGCCCUGUGCCCCAGCGGCAGCUCAGCCUCACCCAGCACCAUCCCUGGCCAGCCAAUCCACUCCCCGAGCCGCCUCAGCUUGACCAACAUCCGUGGUUCGGGCAGCAACGGCUACAUCCGCCUCAAUCUGAGCACGGCCGGGGAGGAGAGGGGCGUCGGGAGUGGUGGUGGGGGGCAUGCUGGAGGUGGGGUUGGGAAUGACUACUCCAGCCCCUUCAAGGAGGAGCUGCGUAGGACCCUGCAGCAGAGGAGUGUGCUGCCAGACGCCAACCCAGAGGAGUCGUCUGUGUAGCCGCCCCCGCCAGAGACUGCGGGUAAUUGCAACUUGACUCACCUACCUCCCUCCUUGUGCGGAGGCCUCUGUCCACAGCCCACUCUCUCGCCAAUCCUUGUCUUGUUCUCUCUCGCUCAGACUUCCAUCGAUCACCUUGCGACGCUACUUCUCUGAAGAGUUUGCACAAGGCUGGUUAUGCGCUACUGUGCUUAAGCACCUUUUGAAAUUUCCAAGCAUCGCGGUAAUUUUCCUCAACAGUCUCACAUGACGCUGUACAUUUUGUAUUUAAAAAUGAGUAUUUAUCCUGGAGGACAACAUCCGAAGCAUGGCAGUCAAACAAAUGGAAGCUUGAACACUGAGAUGGUCUGGUACUACUUUGCACUAGGACUGGAGUGUCUAAGAGCCAAACAUGAAAAAAACUGGCACCAGUACGCUGACUGCAUGGGAAUGGGCCAUUUGCCCAUGUGCUGAGGUUCAUUCUUCUUGCACUUGAAAGAUCGUUUCGACGUGCAGGUUCUUUUGUGAGAGAGACAAAUGCUGAGAAUGAGUGAGAAA